GAGUUGGGAACGGAAGUUCAUUUACUGAUCAGAGAGGGCCCUGAGGGGCCGCGCUGCUCCUUCUCCCGCAUUCACUGGGGAGUCUUGCUCUGCAAGUGCAGUUGCAGGCAGUUCGGGAGCACACGCCCCAGACCUGCCGCCUGCCGCUUCUGUGCCUCUGCAUCUGCCACCGUGGGUCCCAAGUUCCAGCGACUCCUGUCCCACACUCCCCGCUUUGCUCCCCGUGUGUCCUGAAGAAAGGGGACCUGCUCCCGAGAUUUUCCACGGUGAUGAUAGCAUUUGAAGACCUGGCUGUGUACUUUAGCUGGGAGGAAUGGCAGAAAAUGAACAAUGCUCAGAAAACCCUGUACAGAGGUGUGAUGCUGGAGACCUACAGCAGCCUCUUCUCCUUGGGGCACUGCAUUACCAAACCUGACUUAAUCUUCAAGUUGGAGCAAGGAGCAGAGCCAUGGAUGGUGGAAGAAUGCCUGAAUCAGAGCCUUCCAGUGGUCGUGAAAAGGGAUCACCUGAUUAGCAUCAACCAGGAAAGUCAGGACAAAAAUCUGAAUCAGGAUUUUAAGAAAAAUAACAAGACAUCAGCUCUCAAGAGAGUUGAAUUAAGAAAAACCAUUACUUUAAAUUCAAGCCAUAUUCCAACACUGAUUAUUAAAAAGGGAACCUAUUCACAAUUGAAGCCCGAGGAAUUCAGUAAAUGUCACACUGUUUAUCCCCACAGUGGGCCUGAUCAACUACAGGAUGGAGAGAAAUUUGAUAACACUAAGAUACCUGGAAAUUCUCUCCAGUUCUGUGAGCCUUUUGGUCAGCAUGACAAGAUUCACAUCAUGAAGCAGCCAUUUGGAACCACUGCACAAGCAAAAUUCUUCACAAGAAUGAUGCUCUGUAAAUCUGAGAGGGUUCCUAUGGCAGAAAACUGUAAUAAAUCAACUGUCACUUUUGGAAAAGUAACUCAAAUAGAAAAAGCUAUCCAUGAAACUUCUAGCCUCAAUAUGCAUCAACAAACUCACACAGGAAAGAAAUUUUAUAAGUACAUUAAGUAUGUUGAACCUGUCAUUCACCAGCCACAACUUGCAAUAAAUCACGGACUAAAUACAAGGGGAAAAUUCUCUAAAGGUAAACCUUGUGAAAAUUCACUCAGUUUUAAUUCACCUUAUGAAUGUAAUGACUGUGGAAAAGGCUUUGGACAAAAGUCAGUCCUAAGGAAACAGAAGCAAAUUCACACUGAGGAGAAACCUCAUGAAUGUAAUUACUGUGGAAAAGCUUUUGGACACAAGUCACACCUCAUAAACCAUCAGCGAAUUCACACAAGGGAGAAACCUCAUAAAUGCAAUGACUGUGGAAAAGCCUUUGGACAAAAAUCACACCUCUUCAUACACCAGAGGAUUCACACAGGGGAGAAACCUCAUGAAUGUAAUGACUGUGGAGAAGCCUUUGGACACAAGUCAGACCUCAUAAUACACCAGCGAAUUCACACAGGAGAGAAACCCUAUGAAUGUAAUGACUGUGGAAAAGCCUUUGGACACAAGUCAGUCCUCAUGAAACAUCAGCGAAUUCACACAGGGGAGAAACCUCAUAAAUGUGAUGACUGUGGAAAAGCCUUUGGACGAAAAUCACACCUCAUCAUACACCAGAGAAUUCACACAGGGGAGAAACCUCACAAAUGCAAUGACUGCAGAAAAGCCUUUGGACGAAAGUCACACCUCAUUAUACACCAUAGAAUUCACACAGGGGAGAACCCUCAUAAAUGCAAUGACUGUGGAAAAGCCUUUGGACACAUGUCAUACCUCCUCAUACAUCAGCGAAUUCACACAGGGGAGAAACCCCAUGAAUGUAAUGACUGUGGAAAAGCCUUUGGACACAAGUCAGACCUCAUGAAACAUCAGCGAAUUCACACAAGGGAGAAACCUCAUAAAUGUGAUGACUGUGGAAAAGCCUUUGGACAAAAAUCACACCUUAUCAGACACCAGAGAAUUCACACAGGGGAGAAACCUCAUAAAUGUAAUGACUGUGGAAAAGCCUUUGGACACAAGUCAGACCUCAUCAUACACCAGCGAAUUCACACAGGGGAGAAACCUCACAAAUGCAAUGACUGCGGAAAAGCCUUUGGACGAAAGUCAAACCUCAUCGUACACCAGAGAAUUCACACAGGGGAGAAACCUCAUAAAUGCAAUGACUGUGGAAAAGCCUUUGGACACAAGUCAUACCUCCUCAUACAUCAGCGAAUUCACACAGGGGAGAAACCCCAUGAAUGUAAUGACUGUGGAAAAGCCUUUGGACACAAGUCAGUCCUCAUGAAACAUCAGCGAAUUCACACAGGGGAGAAACCUCAUAAAUGUGAUGACUGUGGAAAAGGCUUUGGACAAAAAUCACACCUCAUCAUACACCAGAGAAUUCACACAGGGGAGAAACCUCAUAAAUGUAAUGACUGUGGAAAAGCCUUUGGACAAAUGUCAGUCCUCAUGAAACAUCAGCGAAUUCACACAGGGGAGAAACCUCAUAAAUGUGAUGACUGUGGAAAAGCCUUUGGACACAAGUCAAACCUCAUCGUACACCAGAGAAUUCACACAGGGGAGAAACCUCAUAAAUGUAAUGACUGUGGAAAAGCCUUUGGACACAAGUCAGUCCUCAUGAAACAUCAGCGAAUUCACACAGGGGAGAAACCUCAUAAAUGUGAUGACUGUGGAAAACCCUUUGGACACAAGUCAGACCUCAUCAUACACCAGUGAAUUCACACAGGAGAGAAACCCUAUGAAUGUAAUGACUGUGGAAAAGCCUUUGGACACAAGUCAGACCUCAUCAUACACCAGCGAAUUCACACAGGGGAGAAACCUCACAAAUGCAAUGACUGUGGAAAAGCAUUUGGACGAAAGUCACACCUCAUCAUACACCAGCGAAUUCACACAGGGGAGAAACCUCACAAAUGCAAUGACUGUGGAAAAGCCUUUGGACACAAGUCACACCUCAUUAUACACCAGAGAAUUCACACAGGGGAGAAACCUCAUAAAUGCAAUGACUGUGGAAAAGCCUUUGGACGAAAGUCAUACCUCCUCAUACAUCAGCGAAUUCACACAGGGGAGAAACCCCAUGAAUGUAAUGACUGUGGAAAAGCCUUUGGACACAAGUCAGUCCUCAUGAAACAUCAGCGAAUUCACACAGGGGAGAAACCUCAUAAAUGUGAUGACUGUGGAAAAGGCUUUGGACAAAAAUCACACCUCAUCAUACACCAGAGAAUUCACACAGCGGAGAAACCUCAUAAAUGUAAUGACUGUGGAAAAGCCUUUGGACACAAGUCAGUCCUCAUCACACACCAGAGAAUUCACAUGGGGCAGAAACCUCAUAAAUGUAAUGACUGUGAAAAAGUCUUUGGGCAAAAGUCACACCUCAUCAUACACCAGCAAAUUCACACAGGGGAGAAACCUCAUAAAUGUAAUGACUGUGGAAAAGCCUUUGGACACAAGUCAUACCUCCUCAUACACCAGAGAAUUCACACAGGGGAGAAACCUUAUAAAUGUAAUGACUGUGGAAAAGCCUUUGGAUGAAAGUCAUACCUCAUCAUACACCAGAGAAUUCACACAGGGGAGAAACCUCAUAAAUGUAAUGACAGUGGAAAAGCCUUGGAUGAAAGUCACACCUCAUUGUACACCAGAGAAUUCACACAGGAGAGAAACCUCUUAAGUGUAAUGACUGGAAAAGCCUUUGGACACAAAUCACACCUCAUAUUACACCAGAGAAUUCACAUGACGCAGAAAACUCAUGAAUAUAAUAACUGUGGAAAAGCCUUUGGAUGAAAGUCACACCUCAUCAUACACCAGAGAUUUCACACAGGGGAGAAACCUCAUAAAUGUAAUGACUGUGGAAAAGCCUUUGGACAAAUGUCAGACCUCAUGAAACAUCAGCAAAUUCACACAGGAGAGAAACCCUAUGAAUGUAAUGACUAUGGAAAAGCUUUUGGCCAUAAGUCAGUCCUCAUGAAACAUCAGCAAAUUCACACAAGGCAGAAACCUCAUGAAUAUAAUGACUGUGGAAAAGACUUUUUAUGAAAGUCACACCUCAUACCACAAGAGAAUUCACAGAGGGGAGAAACCCCAUGAAUUUAAUGAGCGGGGGAAAGCGUUUGGACAAAAGUCAGUCUUUAGGAAACAUCAGAGAAUACACAGGGGAGAAACCUCAUGAAUGUAAUGACUUUGGAAAAGCCUUUGGACAAAAGACAAACCUCAUAUCAUAGUAGAGAAUUCACACAGGGUAGAAAACUCAUGAUUGUAAUAACUGUGGAAAAGCAUUUAGCCAUAAGUCAACCUUCAUCAUGCAUCAGAGAAUUCACACAGGGCAAAAUCCUUGAGAAUGUAAUGACUGGCAAAGCCUUUGGACAAAAGUCAAACCUCAUAAUGCACCAGAGAAUGCACACAGUGUUGAAACUUCAUGAGUGUAGUGACUAUGGGAAAACUUUUGGUCUUAAGUUCCAACUCCAACUGCAUCAGAGGAUUCACACAGGGAAAUAACAUUAUAAAUGUAAUGGCUGUGGAAAAGCCUUUUUCUAUAAAUUAUACCUCAUAUCAAAACAGAAUUCACACAGGGAAGAAACCUUAUGAAUCUAAUGAGUGUGGGAAAGCCUUUUGUUCUAAAUCAUAGCUCAUAUCACACCAGAGAAUUCACACUGGGGAGAAACGUCAUGAAUGCAAUGACUAUAGAAAAGCCCUUGGCAAUAAGUCACAUCUCAGAAUGCGUCAGAAAAUUCACAUGAAGAGAAACCUUUUGGACAUAAUGACUUGGAAAGCUUUUUCCCAUAAUGCAGUCCUCAUUGCACAUCAUCUAAUUCAUAUGGGGGAAAACACUUUGGAUCUAAUGCAUAUGGAAAAGCCUUUAUCCAUAAGUUAACACCUCAUAAAACAUCAGAAUUCACAUGGGGGAGAAACCUUAUGAAUGGAAUGAGUGUUGGAAAACUCUACCAAAAUCACACAAUAUAACAUCAGAAAAUUGAUUACAUGAUAGAAAUCUUGUAAUAAGUGUGGGAAAGCCUUUUGUCAGAAGUAAUACCUCAUAACACAUGUAGUUUGAACAAGGGAGAGAACUUUUUCCAAAAUCAACAUAACCGUGUGACAGAGCCUUUUGCUGGAAAUUACAUCCCAUACAAUAGGCACUCCCAUAAGGAAGAAAGAUUAGGACCAGCGCUGUGGCACAGUAGGUUAAAGCCCUGGCCUGAAGCACUGGCAUACCAUGUGGGCACUGGUUCUAGUCCUGGCUGCUGCUCUUCUGAUACAGCUCUCUGCUAUGGCCUGGGAAAGCAGUAGAAGAUGGCCCUGCACCCACAUGGGAGACACAAAAGAAGCUCCUGGCUACUGGCUUCUGAUUGCUGCAGCUCCAGCCAUUGCAUCCAUCUGGGGAGUGAACCAGCAAAUGGAAGACCUCUCUCUCUCUACCUCUCUCUGUAACUCUGUCUUUCAAAUAAAUAAAGUAAAUUGUUAAAAAAGGAAGAAAGGUUAGAAAUAUUAGUGUGAGAAAAAGCCAUUUGUCAGAAAUUGAUCACUAUACAUCAGAGAAUUCACACAAAGGGUUUCUUUGGAGUGUAAUGAAUGUGGAAGUAUAUUUUCAUGGUAUUCAGGCUGUCAUAAAUAUGCAACUCAAAAAAGGUGAUAUCCUUCAAGUGCAGUAGAUAUGAAAAAACCAUAACCAGAAAUUAAACAGGCUCGCACCAUGGUGCAGUAGGAUAAUCCAGUUCUAGUCCCAGCUGUUUCUCUUCCAAUCCAGCUCUCUGCUGUGGUCUAGGAAAGCAGUGGAAGAUGGCCAAAGUGCUUGGGCCCCUGUACCCCUGUGGAGACCAGGAAGAAGCUCCUGGCUCCUGGCUUUGGAUCAGGGCAGCUCUGGCCAUUGUGGCCAUCUGGGGAGUGAACCAACAGAAGGAAGACCUUUAUCUCUGUCUCUCUCACUGUCUGUAACACUACCUAUCAAAUUAAUUAAACAUCAACAAACACCAGAGAAUUCAUACAGCAAAAUGUCAAAUUUAAUGAAUGUGAAAAAAUUGUUCUGCCAUUAAUCAAUUCACAUGAAGAGACUCAGAAAUGAGAAAACAUACAUGCAUAGAAAAGUUAUAUGCCAUACGUCAUCUCUCAAUGGUUACCUGACAACUCACAGAAAGAAAAUAUCCUAUGACUGUAUUGUAUUGGGAAAUACCUUUAUUAUUAGGCAAACUUUCACAAAACAUAUCAAGAUUACAGAGAGAAGUCCCUGAAGUAUAAUUUGUUUGAAAGAAUUCUUUGGUGGAAUCACACCUUAGUAAGUAUUGGGGCAGUUUUCAUGAUGAAUUGUGACAGAGAGUGGUUAACCGUUCUUCAGAAAUUUUUUCUCUUAUACAACCUGUAGUUUUGGUUUCUCAUUAUUGUGAGUGGGAUCAAGUAUAUGAACUGAACUGUACUCUCUUAUGUAAAUUUUGUUAAUAAAUAUCUAAAAGUUGA